AUGUCCAAUUCGGAGUGUAACAGUAGCACCGACGGUUCAAUAGACGAUAGUAGUUUGAGUGACGUGGAAAUGGACAUGGAAAAUAAUGAUGGGCAAUAUUUGUCUGACGCGGAAGCGGCGAUGGAUGUAGAUGAAGAGGAGAACACAUCACCAUUUCAGAAGGAAAUUUGGCAAUUAAAACAUCUGCCAUAUUACGAAGAGAUGCAAAAAGAAGCCGACGACCAUUUUAGCAGAGAUUUGGAUGCUUCUAGGCAUAUUAAGGUUGGUUUGGUCCACGCUGUAAUGCUACGAGAUAUACGACCUGGUUUCAUUCACUGGAUAUGUGAGUUGGAUAAGUAUAUCAAUUUAUAUUCUCGCCGUUUCACAAAAGCAGACCAUAUCGCUCUGGUGAAGCUGUGCUAUUCUUGCAUGACAAUGAGGGGAGCCGAUUUUCGAAUCGUGAAAAUCUGUGCUCAGUCCGUCUCAAAUCUUUUGUUUCGCAAAGAAUUACUGUCACGAGACGAUAUACAGCUUGAGUGGCGACCGCUAUAUGAUAUUUAUGUCGAAGUAAGCUUCAAAAAUUUGGAGGAAGAUGGGCUGUUACUGUUGCCCGAUGGAAUGAAGGCGACACUGGAGCAA